UUCAUUUAAUAUAAAAUUCCUGGAUUCAUCAUAUAUCAAAAGAUCCACACUUUUGUUUUUUCUCACCAACCCACUUUCUUUCACCAAAACACACUAUCUGUUGCACCAUUCAUUCAAUCUCAAAUUCCUCACCUAAAUAUAUAUUUCCCUCUUUCCAAAUUCAAAAAACAUUAAAAAAUAAAUAAAUAACCCCACAUAAUAUUUCUCAUAAAUAAGACCAAAACCACACAAAACAUUUCUUUUCAGCUCAAAAUUCAUAUCAACCACUCACCCAAAAAAACCUUUCUCUAAAACACACUCAACCAAAAAAAAACACCAUAAUAAAAACCAGAAUAUUCCUCAAUUUCAUUUCAAUUCCAAUUUCCAAUCCCAAAAGAAAAAACCCUUUUUCUCUCUAAACCCUUUCUCAAUCGCAAUCGCAAUCGCGUUCCCAAAAAUCAAUAAUGGGAAUGCUUUUGUUACAACAAGAUUGGUUAGUUUUCCCGUUUUUCUUCUUCUUCCUCUCCAUUUACCUAUUCGGUUACCUCUUCCUCUUCCGUAACAAAAACCCUAAAAUCCGAACCGAAUUCUCCAGCUGUUUAAUCUCACUCUUCCACGGUACUCCCGCCGCGAUCCUCGGUGCAAUCGCACUCUUCUCCGACCCCAACCGCGGCUUCGCAGCCUCCAACACCUCCUUCCAGAAAACCGUUCUCGAUUACAGCAUCGCCUACUUCGUAACCGAUCUGUUACACUACGUCGUUUUCAUCCCCGGCGACGUUCUCUUCAUCGCUCACCAUUUAGCCACGCUCUUCGUCAUCGUCACGUGCCGUUACGUCGUCUCUCACGGGGCGUUCUCCGUCGUCGUUUUGCUUGUGCUCGCUGAAGUGACUAGUGCGUGUCAGAAUACGUGGACGCUCGCCGGUGCUUGUAGAUUGGAGAACCGGUUCGCUGCUAGGGUUUACGAUGCGUUGUCUCCGCCGUUUUAUGUGGUGUAUACGGUUGUGAGGGGGUUUGUUGGGCCUUACUUUGUUUUUAGAAUGGUGGUUUUUUAUGCGAGUGGGCUUGCUUCUGGGCUUGUGCCUACUUGGGUUUGGGUUUCUUGGGCUGUGGUUGUGUUUUCGGCGAUUGGUGUUAGUAUUUUGUGGGUGUACUCUCGUUGGGUUGAACUCAUUAGGGAAAGAAGAACUGAAUACCUUGAUGUUGCAAAAACAUAUGGUCUUCAUCCUGUAUCUCUUGCUAUAGCUUUUGUUUUGCGACACCCUCUUGUUGCUAGUGUUGUUUUUGGGGCUACCAAGUCAUGGCAGCUCCGGGAGGUUCUAAAUGCAUGCAAGAUCAAGCUCACAUCUGAAGUCAUUGAAGAAAUUAACAAGAUUCAUUCAAGGUUUCCAAAUCCAUGUCCCUGAACUGAAGAUUACAAAUAAUUACACUAAAAAGUGUUCAUGGGGAAAUAAAAAAGACUAACUCACAUCUACACUGUAAAAGUACUCGGAUUUACCCAAUCUAUGUCCCAUGUUAAAGUUGCUUUUAAUUCUACAAAAUUAUUUUUUUAUUUUUGAGCUAGAUCGAUGCCAAAUGCUAAACAGCUUAAAGCCUGCAAACGAGACUCACGCUUGAGCAAGAGGAGCUUCGUAUUGCUUAAACUAGUUUUGUUUUCUCUUAACAGUCUUAUACAAGCAUAGUAUUCUCUUAUGUGUGUUGUUUGUUUGAAUAUUUCAGUAUUGUAUAAUUGUGCUACAGUUUUAAGCAUUGGCAGUAUAGUGUUUGUUAUAUCUUACUUUA